GUCCAAUCACGUGUCGGGAUCGGGAUGAGGUGGCAUUAAACGCCGGAAGCCGGAGGUCUUUUUAAUAGGGCGCUAAGCUAACAGGCUAACUGAUCCGAGAGAGCCGCGUGUGUGGUUGGAACUCUUCUCUGAUUUUCUGAGUCCGAGGAAGUUACUCAGGAGGCACGAUGAGUCUGCAGUGGACGGCAGUGGCCACUUUCCUCUACGUUGAGGUCUUCUUUGUUCUGCUGCUCUGCAUCCCCUUCAUCUCACCCAAGAGGUGGAGUAAGAUCUUCAAGUCUCGUAUCAUCCAGACCAUCGCUCUGUAUGGAAACACGUCGUUCAUGGUGGCGAUCGCCAUCCUCGUCUUCCUGCUCAUCGAUGCAUUUCGUGAGGUGAGAAAGUACAGUGUGACGGAGAAAGUGGACCUGACCAACAACCCGACGGCCAUCGAACACAUCCACAUGAAACUGUUCAGAGCUCAGAGGAACGAGUACAUCGCCGGCUUCGCCCUGCUGCUCUGCCUGUUACUGCGUCGCCUGGCCACACUGCUCUCCCAGCAGGCCACGCUCAUGGCCUCCAAUGAAGCCUUCAAGAAGCAGGCGGAGGGCGCAAGCAACGCCGCCAAGAAAUACAUGGAGGACAACGAGCUGCUUCAAGAGAAACUGCGUGAUGCUGGCGUUGAUGUGCCGGAGGCCGGGAAGAAGGGAGCAGGACCACAGGAGGAGAACAAGAGUCUGAAGGAGGAGGUGAAAACCCUGAAGGAGGAGUUGGACACUGCCAAGAAAGCUCUGCAGAAGUCGGACAGUGACGUCCGAGCGAUGAAGACACAGGCUGAGAACCUAACGGUGGAGUACGACAGACUGCUGGAGGAGCACAGCAAGCUGCUGGCAACUAGUGACAAGAAAUCAGACUGAGGAAGAAAAAUGGCUUCCAUCCUCGUCGUCUUCAUCUUCGUCAUCUUCGCCGUCCUCGACAAACGGUCCACAGCUUGUGUAUCCACCUGGACGUCCUGCUCAGCGAUGUGAUGUCACUUCCUCAUGGGUCAGCUGACAUCGCCGGGCGGUGAUUGGUUCAUUAGACUGUUAAAGCUUUAUUAGAAGAUUUAAAAAAAACUCUUCUUUCUUUGACUUUUUGUUUCUUUUUCCUUUUUCACAGAUUUUUUUUUGUUCAACUUUAAACGUUACAGUCAAACAGUUUCACUGAUCAUUCCCUGUUUCCUGAAACUACAGGAUGUUUCAUUCCAAAAUUAAAGGUCCAAUAUUUUUAUAGAAACACUCGUCCUGCUCGGACAAAUGCUUUUCACAUUCUGGUUUAAAAAUUGUCCAAACAGAAAGCGUCUUCAGACAGGGCUGGGGUUAUUAAUGUACCUUAAAUGUCUCUGUAUUUUUUUAAUUGAAUGAAAUGCCGCCAUUCUUGCUUUACAGUGCCUGUUUCAAAGUUUAAUGACUUAAAUACUUUUUGAAUGUUUGGAGCUGCGGUCUGACGACUGCUCGGGGUUCAAAGGUCGUGUCGCUUUGUACGAGCAAAACGCGUUCUGUGUUUCUGGGUCCGAUCAGUGGUUUAUUCGAAACUGACUUAACUGUGAAAUUACUUUAGUGUUCACUGAAGUUAUUUUGGUCUUGUGAAUCCUGCUCACCGAGUGGAAACAAUAAAUGAUUAGGGCAGAAGAAGCUCUGGUGUUUUGCUCGUUCUCUGUGAUCCGUCUUUCCUGGAUUGGAUAGUGGAUUUAAUAGCUGGACGUCCACAUGUGGAUGAUUUUCUCUUUCGGUUUGUUGUUUUCAGUUUGUUCCAAAGUGACCACGUAAGAUUUUGGCUGUAAUGGUUGUGUGUCUGCGUUGUUUCAAGGCUUUCAGACUGACACUCGCUCUGUGGUUGAAACAGACGACGACUCUGUUUCCUGAACGUCGGCACAGUUUGACACUAUGGCGGUUUGUCGCUCCUCAGUUUCUCAUUUCACAUUCUCCUGUCAAAACAUUAUAGGCUGUUGUCGUCUGAAAAGCGAGUGUCGGUGUGAAAAAAGCCCGUCACUUUCACGCUGCUGGUGUUUGUACUAUUGGUUUAGGAAGAAUCACAUGAUGUUUGUGUGUAGACAGUAUGAUCACGUGUAGAAAACCUACAGCUGUGUAUAAAUUCAAGUCACCGUUUGUUCAUAAGAAAAGGUUCAUGCCAUCGACUUCGUGUAAACCUGAUCAGCAACUGUAAAGAUGGACGACGUGGGUCAGUGUCAUCUGUCAUGACGUCUCGGCACAUUUUUCUAGAAUCAAAUGACUGUUUAAAACUUAUCAGAAACUUAAACAUACAUCAGUGUAAUAUCAACUAGUACCCAAAACGACACAAACCAUUUUUCGAAACAUUCAUUUAAUGUGUUCUUUGACUUUUUUGGUCCGUGUCCCACCUGCCCACGUUGAGGGGGCGGGGGUUUGUGACAUAUACUGCAGCCGGCCACCAGGGGUCGAUCCAGGUGAUUUGCGCAACUGUCAUGUUGUAUCUUUAUUUUCAGCACAUGGAAAUGAUUUAACAGCUGUUGAUCUUCUUGAAAGCAAAGUUUAAAAAUCAUUUGUUGUUUACCUUCUAUUUAAGCAUCAUGUGUCAUCUUCCUGUUCAAUAUAAUAAAAGGAAAAAUGUACCCGA